CGCGGUGUUACGUGAUUCUCGUCAUCAUCAUCGUCAGUUCAGUCCACAGUCGCUCAGUUGAGUCUGUUCGCUCAGCUCAGUGUGCUUUGCGUGCGUGCAUCAAGCGUGUUGAAGCACGUCUUGUCUCAUUCUUCCCCUCAGGAGACUUCUCCCAAUUUUUACGGCGCAUAGGGGGACCAGGCAGUGAGCCCCGCUGCAACUCUUGUGUGCUGCCGAUAUUUUGAUUAUUCGUCGCAGUACUGCUACCGUCCAAUAGGGCGUUACCCGGUUUUUAUGACUUUCCGUAGCUGCAAAGAAACUUGGACAGUAUCCAGAGGUAGAUCUGGGAGUUCUCCUAUAGCACAAGAGCCCGGUCGUGGCCCAGGAGGGAGGUGUAUGAUUUCAUAUCAGCCGCACGGGCCUAUCAGUCAUAGGACAACAAAAUUUUCCAGUAACCGACAUAGGAAAUCGCAACCAUUUAGAGAAACGUGACUAGGUCACCCAACCACCACCAUUACGCCCCCAUUGUUCCUACACUAACUCACAACCGCCAGCAACGCUGUCAUCAUAGCACUGCUAUUAUCCCCCUCAUCACGCCGACUAUAAAGACUACAACUUCACCUGCUGAGAGGCAGGCCUCCACAAUUUUUUUCAUAAGGCACGCAAGCCCUGAUAUAGGAGACCUAGUUAAGAAGAAGAGUAACAGAUCUCGCCACCAUGAGUCUGAACGUGAACCGUGCGGUGAGCGAUGCCUUCUACAGGUACAAGAUGCCCCGGAUCCUUGCCAAAGUUGAAGGCAAGGGCAAUGGCAUCAAAACUGUCAUUGUGAACAUGGCUGAAGUUGCAAAGGCACUUGGACGUCCUGCCACGUACCCAACCAAAUAUUUUGGUUGUGAAUUGGGUGCGCAAACCAACUUUGACUUCAAGAAUGAUCGUUACAUUGUGAAUGGAUCUCAUGACGCUGUAAAAUUGCAAGAUCUUCUUGAUGGCUUCAUUCGGAAAUUUGUGUUGUGUCCACAAUGCGAUAAUCCUGAAACUGUUCUUAGUGUGCAAGCCAAGAAAGGCAUCAUCAGUCAGGGCUGCAAAGCUUGUGGCUAUCAUGGAACCCUUGAUUUUAAUCACAAACUGAACACGUACAUUUUGAAAAAUCCCCCAACUACCAACCCUGCCACGCAAGGUUCUUCCCUGACCGAAGGCAAACGCUCAAGGCGCACCAAGAAGGUUAACGGUGAAAAUGGUGAAAAUGGAGAAAACCGCUCUUCUGACAAUGACAAUGAAGGAGACCCCAACGUUGAGGCACCAGAAGUAGCUGAUGAUGAUGAACCAGAGUGGAAAGUGGAUUGCUCUGAAGAAGCAGUUCGUGCUCGUCUUCAGGAUCUGACUGACGGAGCUAAAGGGAUGACCAUCUCUGAUGACUUGGAGAAAACUGAGAAAGAACGCAUGGACAUCUUCUAUAACUUCGUGAAGCAGCGCCGUGAUGCUGGGACAUUGUUGCAGCCUAAUGCUCCGCGUGAAAUUCUCACUCAGGCCGAGCACAUGGAGAUCAAAACCAAGGCUCCACUUGUUUUGGCUGAACUUUUGCUGUCAGAAAAAAUCCAUCUUGAGAUCAAGAAAUACCGUGUUCUGUUCCUGCGUUUCACCCAUGAAGAUCUGAAGGCCCAGAAGUACUUCAUCGGAGGCAUUGAGCAAAUUAUUGCCCUACACAAGGAUCUGCUUCUCCCGAAGGUGCCUGCCAUCCUGAAGAUUUUGUAUGAUGCCGACAUACUAGAGGAGAAGGCCCUUCUGGAUUGGGAUAGCAAGGUCAGCAAGAAGUAUGUUUCUCGUGACCUGAGUGAAGAGAUUCAUGCAAGGGCUCAACCUUUCAUCAACUGGCUGAAGGAGGCUGAAGAAGAAGAAUCUGAAUCAGAAGAGGAAGAAGAUGACGACCUUGAGAUUGAAUAUGAUGAUCGUGCGAAGACCUCACCUCUGAAGGAGCAGCCCAAGUCAGUGAGCAAGCCUAAGCCUGCUGCUGAUGAAGAGGAUGACUUUGAUAUUGAUGCCAUUUAAGUGUGGUGGGGGCAUUAUCAGCACUCCCAGAGGAACUUUUUAAGGUUUUUGUAGUGUUAUUAAAAUGCACAAAAAUUUGAAGAAAAUUUCAAAAGCCCAAAAAUAGGUCAUUGUAGGUCAUUCUAUGACAGAAUCUUUAUAAAUGCUUCUUUUCUUUCCUUUAGUCUAACUAGUUCUUAAAGUGUAGAGAACAUGCAUUACAUUUGUUAAAGAAAAGAAACUUAUGUAUGAUAACUAUUUAAUGAAGAUCUAAUGGUCAGGAAGUUUUAGCUGAGUGACUGUAGUCUUUUCUGGUUUGAGUAGUAGUGACAAUUUCCUCUGGGAGCUUUAUUAUAAUGCUAUAUCAUAGCCAUUUCUGCUUAUUUCUGGUUUUGCAUACACUUCUGUAGAACUUAUCUUUGAAUUAACUGACAGCGCUUGUUGGUGGAAUGUGGUUAGUUUAUUUCCUAUUAUUCUAUUUUCCUUUCUUUUAAUUUUAUGUUACCAUCUCGUAAGGAAUCCAUCAUAUUUGCUUCAGACUUCGGUGAUAUUUCUCUUAAGUUAAGACAGCAGAUAAAAUAUCCAAUGGCUCCCUUUUAUCCUGAAUCUUAGUUUGGAAAGUCUCAAUUUGUAACUUGUAAUGGAAUUUGUCCUUUUUGGAAGACUGGAAUAACGAAAUGAUUUUUGACUGGUGGACACCUGUGCCUGACUUGGAUAGACUAGUUAUAGACGAGGGAACUUAGUGGAAAAUCAUGCUUAUCUGAUGAAUUCCUUAAUGAAACUGUCCUUAGUUAGUUUCAUUUUUAUUAUUAUUUUUAAUGUACUUCUAUCUUACAUUGUCCUUGUCCAAAAUCAUUCUGUGUUCUCUGUUCAAAUUUGCACUGUUUUCCUGUUGGUUAUUGUGUUUUUGUUUUAUUGGUCUGUUUACUGAUUAUUACCUUGAUCACUACACUCUCUGUGGAGUACAGUACACCAGCAGUACACUGUGUACAGCUGGCUCAACUAUUUGCAACCAUUUGUGUUUGUGCACAAUUCUGUCACUUUUAGUCUAACAUCUUUUUUAAAGAAACAAGAUAAUGAGACUGUGUUUAGAAAUGAUUGAAUUGUCUUUUAUUAUCAUAAAGCAAUUUUUUGCUUUCUUGUAUGUAUUGUCUUAAAUUUUCUGCUGUGUUAAUUCCAAUAUCAUGGUGUUUAUUGAUAAUAUUGAUGAAUCAAAUUGUUAAAUGGAUCAUGUUUGUAGAGACCAAAGUAAACCUUUUUUGGUGUCAUA